CCGAACUGGGAAGGUCGGUCUAACUGUAGAUACUCUGAAACUCGUCUCUCGGGUCUCUGGUACAGCUAGCUAGCACUAGAGUACAGCUCUGCUCCGCCGCCGCCGUUGCGCUGGUGCUUGCUGCUUACACAAUAACUGUGCAUCAAUAAAGUUGAAGAAGAAGAAUUACGAGCAGUAGAAAACCAAUUCAGGAUACCAAAUUAAAACAAAAAAAAGAAAACCAAACUCUUAAGCUUUUUAGCUUAACGAGUAUAAAAACGCAACGUGUGUGAUUUGUUAUAAAAAAAUAUAUUUAAAAAAAAUUAGUAAAAGUAAAAUUAUUGCAAAGAGAUUAAGCGAAUAAGAAAACAGUUUCUAGUGCAAACAACGCCAUCGACGGGGUAGUUUUCUACGAAACCCCCAGCUGCCCCAGAGCGAGGCAAUCGCAACGCAAAAAUUGUGUAAUAGCAACCGACGUGUAAAAGUCAAGACGCAAAAUGCCGGCCAAAGGACCUAAGAAAGAGAAUUUAGAUGAUCUCAAACAGGAGUUGGAUAUUGACUUUCAUAAAAUCUCUCCUGAGGAAUUGUAUCAGCGUUUUCAGACACAUCCCGAAAAUGGUCUAAGUCACGCCAAGGCCAAGGAGAAUUUAGAACGCGAUGGUCCCAAUGCGCUUACACCACCCAAGCAGACACCCGAAUGGGUGAAAUUCUGUAAGAAUCUGUUCGGUGGUUUCGCCAUGCUGCUGUGGAUCGGUGCUAUACUCUGCUUCGUCGCCUACUCCAUUCAAGCCAGUACCAGCGAGGAGCCGGCCGAUGAUAACUUGUAUCUGGGUAUUGUACUUUCCGCUGUCGUCAUUGUGACGGGCAUUUUCUCAUAUUAUCAGGAAUCGAAAAGUUCAAAGAUCAUGGAGUCGUUUAAGAACAUGGUGCCUCAGUUCGCCACUGUAAUUCGCGAGGGCGAGAAACUGACGCUGCGCGCCGAAGAUUUGGUGCUGGGUGAUGUUGUUGAGGUGAAAUUUGGUGAUCGUAUACCCGCCGAUAUUCGCAUCAUUGAGGCGCGUAACUUUAAGGUGGAUAACUCCUCGCUGACUGGUGAAUCGGAACCUCAAUCGCGUGGUGCCGAAUUCACACACGAAAAUCCCUUGGAGACCAAGAAUUUGGCCUUCUUCUCGACCAACGCUGUGGAGGGCACCGCCAAAGGUGUUGUGAUCAGCUGCGGCGAUCACACCGUCAUGGGUCGUAUUGCUGGCUUAGCUUCCGGCCUGGAUACUGGAGAGACUCCUAUUGCCAAGGAAAUUCACCAUUUCAUUCACCUCAUUACCGGCGUCGCUGUAUUUUUGGGUGUUACCUUCUUCGUUAUUGCCUUCAUCUUGGGCUACCACUGGCUGGAUGCUGUGAUCUUCCUCAUCGGUAUUAUUGUCGCUAACGUACCAGAGGGUCUCCUGGCCACUGUCACUGUGUGCUUGACCCUGACUGCCAAGCGUAUGGCAUCAAAGAACUGUUUGGUAAAGAAUUUGGAGGCUGUCGAAACCCUGGGCUCCACCUCGACCAUCUGCUCCGAUAAGACCGGCACCCUGACACAAAACCGCAUGACUGUCGCUCACAUGUGGUUCGAUAACCAGAUCAUUGAGGCCGAUACCACCGAGGAUCAGUCGGGUGUACAAUACGAUAGAACUAGCCCUGGCUUCAAGGCGCUCUCUCGCAUUGCCACUCUCUGUAACCGUGCCGAAUUCAAGGGUGGCCAGGAUGGUGUGCCCAUUCUAAAGAAGGAAGUUAGCGGUGAUGCCUCCGAGGCUGCUUUGCUCAAAUGCAUGGAGCUGGCCCUCGGCGAUGUGAUGAACAUUCGCAAGCGCAACAAGAAGAUAGCCGAAGUGCCAUUCAACUCGACCAACAAGUACCAAGUGUCCAUCCACGAAACCGAUGAUUCCAACGAUCCCCGCUAUUUGCUCGUCAUGAAGGGUGCUCCCGAGCGCAUUCUGGAACGUUGCUCGACCAUUUUCAUCAACGGCAAGGAGAAGGUGCUCGACGAGGAGAUGAAGGAGGCCUUUAACAAUGCCUACAUGGAACUGGGAGGUUUGGGCGAGCGAGUCCUCGGCUUCUGUGACUUCAUACUGCCCUCAGACAAAUAUCCCACUGGCUUCAAGUUCAACACCGAUGACGUAAACUUCCCCAUCGAUAAUCUGCGUUUCGUUGGCCUCAUGUCCAUGAUCGAUCCCCCACGUGCUGCUGUACCCGAUGCCGUUGCCAAAUGCCGUUCAGCUGGCAUCAAAGUCAUUAUGGUCACUGGUGAUCACCCAAUUACUGCCAAGGCUAUUGCCAAAUCGGUCGGCAUCAUUUCGGAGGGCAAUGAGACUGUUGAGGAUAUUGCCCAGCGUUUGAACAUACCCGUAUCGGAGGUAAAUCCUCGCGAGGCCAAGGCUGCUGUUGUCCACGGUGCUGAGCUGCGUGACGUUUCCACCGAUCAACUGGAUGAGAUCCUGCGCUACCACACCGAGAUUGUGUUCGCCCGUACCUCGCCGCAACAGAAACUGAUCAUCGUUGAGGGCUGCCAGCGUAUGGGCGCCAUUGUGGCUGUCACUGGUGAUGGUGUGAACGAUUCGCCUGCGUUGAAGAAGGCUGAUAUUGGUGUUGCUAUGGGUAUUGCUGGCUCUGAUGUGUCCAAGCAGGCUGCUGACAUGAUUCUGUUGGAUGAUAACUUUGCCUCGAUUGUUACUGGCGUUGAGGAGGGUCGCUUGAUUUUCGAUAAUCUUAAGAAAUCCAUUGCCUACACACUUACCUCGAACAUUCCCGAAAUCUCACCGUUCUUGGCUUUCAUUCUGUGCGACAUACCACUGCCAUUGGGCACAGUUACAAUUCUGUGCAUCGAUUUGGGCACGGACAUGGUGCCAGCCAUUUCAUUGGCCUACGAAGCUGCCGAAGCCGAUAUUAUGAAGCGUCCACCACGUGACCCCUUCAACGAUAAAUUAGUGAACUCAAGAUUGAUUUCCAUGGCAUAUGGACAGAUCGGUAUGAUUCAAGCUGCUGCCGGUUUCUUUGUGUACUUCGUGAUUAUGGCUGAGAACGGUUUCUUGCCCUUGCAUCUGUUUGGCAUACGUAAGAUGUGGGACUCGAAGGCGGUCAACGAUCUAACUGACUCGUAUGGCCAGGAAUGGACCUAUCGCGAUCGCAAGACCUUGGAAUAUACCUGCCACACCGCUUUCUUCAUUUCGAUUGUUGUUGUGCAAUGGGCCGAUUUGAUCAUCUGUAAGACGCGUCGUAACUCCAUUUUCCAACAGGGCAUGCGCAACUGGGCAUUGAACUUUGGUCUCAUAUUUGAAACCGUAUUGGCUGCCUUCCUGUCCUACUGCCCGGGCAUGCAAAAGGGUCUGCGCAUGUACCCACUGAAACUCGUUUGGUGGUUCCCAGCCAUUCCAUUUGCGUUGGCCAUCUUCAUCUAUGAUGAGACACGUCGUUUCUACUUGCGUCGCAAUCCUGGCGGCUGGUUGGAACAGGAGACAUACUAUUAAACACAUACACACUACCACGCCACCUACACACAUGCCUAUACCUUCUACACACACACACCGACACACACACACACCUACAACAACAACUACACACAACCUGCAACAGUUAGUAAUUGUUUAUUUGAAUGAGAAAAUAAAACACUUUACCCACAAGAGCCGAUGAGAAACCACAACAACAACAACAGCAACAACUACUACCAACAACAACAACAACCAGGAACAACCGCAACAGCAAGAACAUAUUACAAUAUAUAUUUUUUUUAAUUUAAUUAUUUAAAGUAAACAAACAAACAAAACACGCAAGCGAUAAUUAUUUUAAACAUUUAAGUAAAUUUAAAUUAUAAAUUAAAGCUACAAAUAAGAUUUAAAUAAAGUAAAACAAAUUUUAAACAAACGAACAAAGAAAGUAACCCCUGCAACAAAAACUACAACUACCACAACAACAACAACAAUAACACAACAACAGCAACAACAACAACAACCACUUGUUUUUAGUGAAAAUUAUUAAACGAGAUGAAACACGAAACAUUGAAUGGCAAAAGGUAAACAACACAACAACAAAACGCUUAAGAGCUACAAACCACUACUACAACAGCAACAACAACAACAACAACGUAUUAAGUGCAGCCAGCGCUCGAAGGAAAGCCGCAAACGAAAUUUAACAACAAAUGAAAAGCUAAAGCGUAACUAGCGUUAAACAAAUGUUUACACAAAUACACCGACAAAAACACACACACUCACAAGCACUCACACACACACACACACAACGCAUGAAGAAACAACAACA